AUGGCGGACGACGGGCCGCUGGGCGUGGCGGGCGCGUAUGACGACGCGCUGAUGGCGUCGGCGGCGGACCGCCAGUCGCACUGGGGCUUCCACGAGACCAAGGAGCUGAUCGCGCUGCGCGGCGAGAUGGAGCGCGAUUUCGUGCCGGGGCGCACGAGCAACCACGUGUGGGAGACCAUCUCGUCGCGCAUGAAGGAGAAAGGGUACCGCCGCACGCCCAACCAAUGCAAGUGCAAGUGGAAAGUGCUCGUCAACCGCUACAAGGUACCCGCCGCGCAACGCCCGCCGCAUUACGGAAACAAGGAGCUCUCGGCGGACGGCUCACGCUCGUGCCCGUUCUUCGAUGAGCUGGACGCGAUUUUCAAGCAGCGCGCGCGAAACAUGGACCGCCUGCUCGUGCAGGCGGAGGGCGGCGGCACGCCCGGCGGAAUCGGCGCCAGCGGCGGCAUCGGCAGCGGAUUCUCCGCAGGAGGCGGCGGGGCCGGAGCAGUCGGAGGCGCCCUGGGCAUGCGCGGAAGCUUCGGCGGGGGGUUGGGCGCGCGGGGGGGCGCGGGGGGCGUGGGAGGGGGCUUGCUCACCCGGCGGGCGCGAGACGAGGAAGAGGAGGAGGAGGAGGACGAGGAGGAGGGGGAGGACGAGUUAGAGGGCGAGUUGAACGUGCUGCGCAACAAGAGGCGCAAGCGCGACUUCAACGCUGGCGCGCGCAAGGCCGCCACAGGGGCCUACGGCGCGGGCUCCCCUGGCAUGGGGAAGGGCGCGUCCGCUGGCGCAGGGGGCAGCGCGGGCGGAGACGCGCAGCGCGCGGGGAGCAUGCAGGAGGUGCUGGAGCAGUUCUUCGUGCAGCAGCUGCGCCUGGAGCAGGAGUGGCGCGAGGCCAUUGAGCGGCGCGAGGCGGAGCGCAGGGUGAGGGAGGGCGAGUGGCGCAGCAGGCUGGAGGCGCUGGAGAGGGAUCGCGCGCAGCGAGAGUCCAUGUGGCGGCAGGUGGGUUGGGGAAGAGCGGGGGGGCAGGUGAGUGUUGAAGGGGGAGGUCAGGUGGUUGUGGUGGGGGGUGCGUGGAAAGGUUUCUACGGCAAGCCCUUCGCUCUCAGAGGGAGUCAAUGUGGUGCCAGGUGGGUGUGGGGGCAGGUGAGUCCAUUUUCGUCCCUCCUACUGACCCCCUUCAUAACAAGCAUUCAUCUGCCUUCCACCAUGUGGUCGCGUGCGUGCAUUCCUGCGUGUAUGUGGGUGCAGAUGGAGGCGGAGAGGGCAGCAAGAGAGGACGAGAGAGCAGCACGCAGGGACCAACUCAUCAUCGCUCUCAUUACCAAGCUCUCUGCCCCGCCUGCUCCACCCCCUGCUGCCAAUGGUACCGUUGCUGCUGACCAAGCUGUUGCUGCUGCUGCUGCUGCCCCUGAUUCAGCAGCGCCAGCCACGGUGCACAAGCUGGGGGCUGCAGUGGGUGGGACCAUCGCUGCUGCUGAGGCUGCAGCUGCUGAUGUCAUUGGCACUGCUGCUGCGGGUGGUGGUGGUGCUGGUAGUGUGGGAGGUGGAGGUGGGGAGAAGGAUGGGGUGGGGGCUGUGCAAGCAGAUGCUGCCGUGGUUGGAGUGCAGGAGCCUAUUGCAGUGUAG